CCUCUCCCGGCACACGCCCUCCGCGCCGCGCGCUCUGGGGGGCGAGUGGCCUCGGACCUUGCCAAUCAGCAGAGCUGUGCGACCCGUUUUCUCCCCGGUGCGUUAAACAUCGGGAAGGAGCUGCUCAGAUGGGGUCACCAGGCACCUUCUCCCUCUUUCCCCGAAGCCCGCAGGGUGAGCAGUAAGCCAACCCCAACCGGACGCUGCGCUCCUAUAAAUAGCACGCCUGUGCCGGCUUGGCGCUCUGAGGGCCGCGCGAGGAGAGAGAAAGUUGUGCACAGGGGACCGGUGGCGAGAGGAGAGGCAGGGGAGACCCCGCCGGAGGAGCUGCCCUGCACCCUGCGUCCAGCACCCUGGAACUGAUCCCACGAACGCGCGCUUUCGGAGUGAGACGCCCGGCCAGCGGCUGCCGACCUCCCUAUCUCUGAGUGACACCAGGUUUGGGAGAAUUUUUGACCAAGCGAAAGCAGGAGUCGCCAGCGUCCUGGCCAUGAACACAGCGGCGCGUUCUCCUCAGUCCUGGAAACACCCUCUGCCUCUGUAACUCGUUCGUACCGCAAGCCAGACUCGGACCGACGCCGGAGCCACUUGGCACCGCCGCGCUUGUGGUUUCUCUUGUGUUCCCUCUGUCUCUCCUGUCCUGUGGUUUAUCUGGUGGAGCUUGGGUUUAGGGUGAGGAUUUAUUAUUAUUUUUUCCCUUGAGGUGUGAGCGUGAGGGUUGGGCGACUUUUAGAUGUCUAGGUAUAAGGGUGGGCGCGGGGCCCCGAGGCAGGGCUGAUUCUUGGGCAGAGGAGGGUAGGGUAGGGGGUUCUGCAUGAGCUCCUUAAAGGACAAAGGUAGCAGAGCCCACGAUAGAGCUCGAGGGGAGACUUUGACUUCAAACCACAGAAUUGGUGGAAGUGUGCGCGCCACCGCGGUCGUGCCCGCAACGCUGUCGACCUAGCCACUGGCGAAACCCCGAGCUCCGGGAUCCCAGGGUAGGAGGCCAAGCCGGCGAGCAGAAGCGCCAGCCGCUGCGGCUGCCCAAGCGGCUCACCAUGGGCUCCAGGCGCCGGGCGCUGUCCGUGGUGCCGGCCGUUCUGCUGGUCCUCACGCUGCCGGGGCUGCCCGUCUGGGCGCAGAACGACACGGAGCCCAUCGUACUGGAGGGCAAGUGUCUGGUGGUAUGCGACUCGAACCCGGCAACAGACUCCAAAGGCUCCUCUUCCUCCCCUCUGGGGAUAUCGGUCCGGGCCGCCAACUCCAAGGUCGCCUUCUCGGCGGUGCGGAGCACCAACCACGAGCCAUCCGAGAUGAGCAACAAGACGCGCAUCAUUUACUUUGAUCAGAUCCUAGUAAAUGUGGGUAAUUUUUUCACACUGGAGUCUGUCUUUGUAGCACCGAGAAAAGGAAUUUACAGUUUCAGUUUUCAUGUCAUUAAAGUCUACCAGAGCCAAACAAUCCAGGUUAACCUGAUGUUAAAUGGAAAACCAGUCAUAUCCGCCUUUGCUGGGGACAAAGAUGUUACUCGAGAGGCUGCCACGAACGGAGUCCUCCUCUACCUAGAUAAAGAGGAUAAGGUUUACCUAAAACUGGAGAAAGGUAAUUUGGUCGGAGGCUGGCAGUAUUCCACGUUCUCCGGCUUUCUGGUGUUCCCUCUAUAGAAUUUGAUUUCUGCGUGAUGUUGAUCCAGGCGAGGGGAGGCCCAGCCCUGAGUUACUGGAAGAUCACUUUUUCAUCAUUGGAUUGAUAUCUUUUAUGAGUUGCUCAUGGGUGAACAUGGAUUCUCUUUAAGGAUUCUAGACCUGUCCGAACCAAUAUGAAGUCUCACAGAUUCUUUGUGUGUGUACGUGUUUCAGUAUAUUUGGAUUGGGACUCAAAGCCGAUAAGAGCUAUUUAUCCUUCAAUGUAACAGUCAAAAAGCUAUCUGCAAGGUUCAUUUUUAAUUUAAUAUCCUGGGAUUACGGAUUUUUUUUUUUUUUGAAGAUGUGGAAUUUUUAAAAAAAAUUUUUCGGUUUAUUUUUUAAAGACUGGAAACCAGGUCUAAGAAUGAGAAAACUCUGAAGUUCUGACUUCAAUCAGCAGUUAGUGUGAUACCGCCAAAGAGCUGUAGACUGUGUUGAUAAAUUGACGACCUUUGUUUUUGUUCCUUGGAAAUUUGUUUGUUUUGUUCUCUGAAGGUAACUGGGAAUUGCUUUUCAGUGAUGGGUAUUGUGUUUUCUCUACAAAUAAGGUAAUGGAUGGCUUGCCCCCAAAUUUACCUUGACCGUGAUGAGAUCAUCUCCAUGACUUCCCUCAGAAAGAAAAAGAAGCUUCAUAGUUGUAUUUAUUUUAAUUAUAAAUGUGAAAGAGUCAUAUUUUCCAAAUUAUAUUUUCUAAUAGGAGAAAUAAAUCAUAAAUCUGACAGGAGAAAAGUUGCUUACCAGAAUUCUAAGUGUUCGAUCCCCAAACCUUGGCAAAACAGCCCUCCUGUGAGGGAAAUCGUAUACUGUGUUGCUCAACUUUAAUUAACAUGAUUGAUAAUAACCACGUUAUUAAAAACCUAAGGGAUAUUUUUUUCUUGGACGUGACCACUUUAUUAACUGGUGGUGAGAUGUUCUUGUUUUUAAUUAUACCUAUUUUUCAAACCUUAUGUUGUAUUUGAAGUAUCAUCUGGUUUUGCCUUAACUCCUUAAAUUGUAUAUAUUUAUCUGUUUAGCUAAUAUUAAAUUCAAAUAUCCCAUAUCUAAAUUUAGUGCAAUAUCUUAUUUUGUCUUUUGUAUAGGUCAUAUGAAUUCAUGAAAUUAUUUAUGUCUCUGUUAUAGAAUAAAGGUUCGUAUAUG